AUGAAGUCGUCAUCUGUCGCCCUUAUUGCGAUUUGCCUCUGUCUCGGCGUGUCAUGCGCCUUUGGAGCCGGAUAUGGUUCCGAUUAUCAUGAUUCCUACGGAAGCAAUGGAGGUGGAUACAACAUAGGAUAUGGUUAUGGAAGCGAAUACGGAAGUGGUUACGGAAGCGGAUACGGAAGUGGUUACGGAAGCGGAUACGGACACUCCAAGGGAUACGGAAAGGGAUACGGAAAGGGAUACGUCUCCACCGAGACCAUCAUUAGACAACCUUACCUCCAGCCAGUCGCUCCCCCACCACUACCACCACCCGACAAUGACGAAGGUCUUUUUGGACUCGGCGGAUCUGGACUUCUGUUGCUCGGUCUGCCCCUCCUUCUUCUCUUGAGGAACUCCAACUCCGGUUAA